AAAGAGGUGCCGGGGCUUAACAAUAUUUUUCCAUUCAUAACUGAUGCAGCAAGCCCAGAGAUGCAGGAGCAGUCUGAACUGCCAAGCCCUGGCACAAAUUAAGCACUGGGGGUUAUCUGUGGUCAGGAGGGUGGUGCGUUUGGUGACAUACAGGUGACAAGCUCCAGAUGUACGGGUCUGAUUCUCUAGUCCCCUGAAAGCACUGAGAGAUUUCAACAAUCCUGCAGGAUGUCUUUAUUGUUGUUUUAGAUUCACUUUCCAUGUUACUGAGAAGAGCUAGAGAUGCUGAGAGACACAGGAAGGGAGGGAGAUUCCUAACAGUUGACAACAGUUGACAAGAAGGUAUGCGACAUGGUCAGAGGCAGGAUGGGAACGAGCCCUGGCUGGUCGCUGCGGUUGGUGGCUCUGUGGACGCUCUAUGGAGUCGCUGGAGCACAGCCAUCCAUCACAGCUCAGUAUGGAGAGGACAUCACACUGGACUGCACCUUCCACCACAUACCGGGGGUAAAACUCCAGCGACUGAACAUCACCUGGAAGAUGCAAAGAGCCGAGGGAGCAGCUCUCCUGGUUCACAGCUACUGUGAGCAGAGGGACCUGUGGCAGGGACAGGACAAGGUUUACUGGGGCCGGACACAGCUGGACCCAGAGGGAAUCCACAAAGGGAAUGCGUCCCUGCGACUCAGGGCUGUGCACUUCCAGGACGAGGGCUCCUACCUCUGCUACAUCGCCUCUGAGCUGGGAACCUCGUCCCAGAAGAUUUCCCUGGCCGUGCUCAGUAGGUUUCUUCUGCCUGUGUCCCUGUCCGAGCGUCUGAGACACAGUCACUCACUGUGUACAAUGUGAUCGCCCAGCAGAGCCAGGUCUGGCUAAAGCGCCACAAUCCCCCAGUGCAGACACAGGCCACAUCUCCGCUAGCAGCGCUUUGCCUUGACUUUCAGCCACCGUGUAGCCUUAUGUUUUUCCACAUAGGUUUAGCCCACACAAGCACAGCGCUUGCCUUUGUCCUCUGCUAGUGGCUGUCUCACAUAAAGGGAUAAUAGCCUCCAAGUGGUAACAACUGUUGGAGUUGUGAAAAGCAACAGAGGGUCCUGUGGCACCUUUAAGACUAACAGAAGUAUUGGAGCAUAAGCUUUCGUGGGUGAACACCCA